AUGUCUACUGAAGAAGGCUGGCACACGGUCGAGGAUGGACAGAAGCUGUACACCAAGACGUGGAAGACGAACGGACCGGCCGUAGCUCGAGUAGCAUUUAUCCAUGGAUUUUCAGACCAUAGUAAGCUCGGCACUUAUGGCGAGUUUUUCCCAACGUUAGCUUCUAGAGGAAUCGAGGUUUACGGCUUCGAUCAGAGAGGAUGGGGACGUUCAGUCACGAAGCCAUCUGAGCGAGGUCAUACAGGCCCCACGACGCGGGUUCUUGACGACAUGACCUCCUUCCUGAAGACGCUGAUCCCAAGUCCUGUCCCUCUAUUUCUGAUGGGACAUUCCAUGGGCGGAGGCGAAACUGUCUGUUACGCCGCCCAGGGACCAGCAGAGAUCCGCAAGCACAUUCGAGGCUACUUGCUUGAAUCUCCCUUCAUCGAUUUCACCGAAGCGGGGAGGCCUUCCUUCGUUACAGCCUACGUGGGCCGCCUCGUCGGAUACCUUUUGCCGCAGAGGCAGCUCACCAAUAGGAUCGAUCCCAACCAAAUCUCGCGUGAUCCGGUCGCUAACCAACGAUGCGCGGAAGACGAGCUAUGCCAUGGCACGGGGACAUUGGAAGGACUGUCGGGGCUGAUGGAUCGAACCGCAGAUUUGGCUGCUGGCAACAUCGUGAUUCCCGAUGAUGCUGGCGAGGGCGGAGUGACGAGGCUCUGGUUUGGUCACGGGACUAAGGACUUGCUGACCGACUAUGCAGCGACCAAGCGGUUCGUCGAGGCGCUGCAGGUCAAGGACUUGGAGUUCAAGACAUACGACGGGUGGUUCCAUCAGUUGCACAGCGAGCCAGACGGCGACAAAGAGAUCUUCUUCGACGAUGUUGGAAAGUGGAUAUUGGCCCGGUCAACGGAUCCUGUCCAGGAAGGUGCCAAGCCGAAGCUCUGA